AAAGUUUAUUUUUGUAUCUGUGUGAGUACUAAAACUUGUUUCAAUUACCUUUUGACAUUUUCACCAAAAAGUGUGUUAAAUGCGUUUAUUACUCUCUAAAAUUAUACACCAUUAAAUAGCUCAUUAGAAUCAGUAUAAAUUUAAUAAAAUUUUAUUAAAAAUUCAAUUCGGUCUGUAAUGUUUACAAAGGUCGAUUUGCAAAUGAAAAUUACCGAAUCAUGACAAGCCGAGGAAGUUUUAAAAGCACCCGAAUGAACUAUAAAGUGCAAAAUGAACCACUUGAAACGAAAGGUACCAAACCUACUCGGGAAGAAUCAACGAUUCUAGAAAUUUUUGUACUCAUGAUCGUACAUUUAUGUAAAAAGAUUUUAUUCUACGAUACAAAUUUAAAAAUAGCUAUUUACUUAGGAGCUCUAUUUCUGCUAUCCAUUGUAGCUGAUGUUUUGACGUUCCCAAAAACAUACUUUGCAAGAAGUGACAAUGUUUUUAAUCAAUACUUUGUAAAAAUUGGAUGGUUCUGGACACUGUUUAUGACUAUACCUUAUGUUUCAAUAACAUCCUAUAUAACAUGUUGUGGAAGAAGAAGUCUAAUAGCUACAGGUCACUUAUCAAGACUAUUGGUUGCCACUGCAUUUUGGUAUUUAUGGACAACUGUUUUCAAUGUGAUUGAAACUAACUAUGGACGAUGUAAUAAUAAAAUUUAUGACAAUAAAAUAGCUUGUUUACAAAACAGUCACUUUUGGAAUGGUUUUGACUUAUCUGGGCACUGCUUUAUUCUAAUAUACUCAAGUUUGGUCAUGAUAGAAGAGGCCAAAGCAAUAAAUGGAUGGGAAAGGAUAAAAGACUACAUAAGAGAUGAAAAGUAUGCUCGCAGUAUUGAUGACAAAUCUGCUAGUAUAAAUCCUUUAAAGAACAUAUCAACAGAUGAAUUAAAUAUUUUGAAAAAGUCAUAUGAAAGCUAUACACCAUAUGUGAGAGCCUUUAUUAUAGCUAUUGCAUUACUUCAACUGCUUUGGGAUGUAAUGCUGGUGUCUACAAUUCUAUAUUAUCAUAUUAUGGUUGAAAAGUUUAUCAGUGGAGUUAUAGCCAUACUCACAUGGUUUGUUACUUACAGAGUGUGGUUCACCAUACCAAAUAUUUUGCCUAAUUUGCCAGGAGAAGGUCUAUUUAAAUACAAUGGUAAAAAUAAAACAGUGCCUGCUACACCAGUUUAUAGGAAGAGAAGUUCCACAAAUGGGAAGCAUUUUAUGGGAAUGCCUAUCAGUACAAAUCAGGAUUCUGAAAACAUUAAAGAAGAUACAAGAUAAUCUUAUACAAUGAAGCAACUUUUGGGGAAAACAUAUUGUUAUGGUUGGGGGUUAGUAUUUAGAGUGGUGACUUUAGGGUUGGUGUUUUCAAAUCAAUUAAUUUAAAUUCUAAUAUUGUUGCUAUUUUCACUAGGGAGAUGAAGAUAUAUUAGGUAGGUAUUUUUAAAAUUCUGUAAUUCAAUAUUUUGUGUUGCAGCAUCCAGUUCAGAGUGCUACUUUUGUAUUAAGUUAAAAACUUGGUUUAUUUGUAAGAACACUAUUAUGUAGGUGUAACAUAUUAUUGUACCACACAACAAAGUAUGUACCUUUUACUUUACCCUUUGCAUUUUUGUGUGUUUAAUCAUACUUAUGUCUACAGUUACUGUUUUUUUAGUUAUAUGUAGAAUGUUUUAAUUUAUUAAAAAAAAAAACAGUAAUCUGCCCAGUGCUGCUCAGUGUAAAUGAAAAAACAGGAAUUUUAUGUUAUUGUUUAUUAAAUAUUUAACAAAGGUAAAUAA